UUUGCUGUUAGCAUUGGUGCAAAUGUGGUUGGAAUCUUGCUUGCCAUUGCUGGGUUGACGUAUGCAGCUGCUGUCUGGGCUGUACUUAACCAUACUUGUGUUACUGUUAACAUUAACGGCCUGAUUCUCACUGAGGAUGCAUGCACAUGUAUAAACGAUAUAUAUGACAACUCAAAACCAGUUACAUGUAAGUUCGGUACUGAUAAUGACUUGCACGCGUAAAAAUCUCACAACUUGUCAACAAGAUGUGUUCGCAACAGGCUUGUGGCAAGCUUGUCAACAAGUUGUAACAAUGUUGUUAUUCUAUCACUCGCAACUUGUUGACAAAUUGUUGAAUUGCUGCAGGACGAUAACGAGUUAUAAUAUUUUGUUUGUGGAAACACCACGUAAAUUUAUUACUGCAAAGCUUUCGAUCGUAUGUUUUAUCGCCCUGCAAAUCUACAAAGAACGAUAACAAGUUGUUGGAAUAACUUGUAACAAGUCUGUUGAGCUCAACAACCUUGUAGCAAGUUGUCAACAAGCCGUUGACAACCUUUCAACAAGCUGGGAACAAGCAGUGCGAACACACUCAGCCUGUUGACAAGUUGUUGGAACAGCAUUGCUACAAGUCUGCUGCAGGUCUGUUACAACUUGUGCGUUUUUACGUGUAUACACGCGUUUUAUCAUCUCAUUCUUAAGAACUUUGGUACUUAUUUUGAAGAUUUUCGUUUGCUCACUUUGUCUCUGAGAUAUUUCAGUUUGUUUGAUAUGCAAGUCUGCAAUUUACGUCGCAUACGCAUAAUGACUUAUAAAGCAAAAGCUUGUUCACCUUAUUCAUAUUUUCGAGUUUAAUUCUGAUUAAAAUGAAGAAGUCCGGAGUUGUUGGUGGAUGACGUAUAUAUCUCAAACUCAUUGAUAAUUCAUGAGCAAAUUAGCGAAUGAACUCACCCUAAUUCGUCACUGGAUUGAGGUUGGAUACCGCAAGGAAACACGCUAAAAAUCAUAUACCAUCACUGUUGUUAGAUGAAAAACGGUUUUCAUCUAAUAACUGAGAUCCUAAUUACAAAUUCAAGUCAAAACACAACAAUAUAGUAUAAUAAUAUAUAUAAGCCAAUGAAAUGUUUUCGUUUGAGAUGUUGUGUAAACAACUCGUUUCUCGUGUUUCAUCAGGGGACCAAACACUCGAAAACAAUAAAACACUGUCUCGCGCUUCGCGCUCGUGUUUCAUACAGUUUUCUCGUGUUUGGAUCCCCUGAUGAAACACUCAAACUCGUUGUUUACAUAUAACAUGUAAAACACAAUUUAUCGUUUUUUUAUGAUAUUUAACUGUUAUAGCUUACAUUCUUUUAUAAGUCAUCAUUCAUUGUGAAGUAAACUCCGGACAUUUGCAUAUCAAGCAAACUUAAAAAUAUCUCAGAAACAAAGUGAGCAAACUCAAAUCUUCGAAAUAAAUUACACAGGGAAAAAUUUUAAAUUUCCAUUAAUAGUUUUUAAAGAUUUACCAUGUAUAUUAUCAAUGUAAAAAUUAAACUCUUACCAUAUCAUUUCAUUUCAAAAGUUCUAAAGGAUGCGAUGAUAAAAUUAAUUGAAGUUAGGUGCACUUUGAGUUGCAAAAUCUUUGCCAUCCUCGACCUAUAAAUUAGCCAACCAUAUCAGUUGCUUUAUUUUGUUCACAUGAUAAUACUGGAUACUUAGUGAAGUAUAUUGAUCCUGGAUCAAAAUUAAUUCAGUCCUUGGACUGGAUCAAAAUUAAUUCACCUUACCUUAAAGAUGCUGUAAAGUCCGUAAUGUAAACAAACGCUUAGUUUACAUUUUGAACUCUUGCUACAGUUGUAAAAUAUGAUUAGAUAUAUAUUAUACUGAAUUUUUAACACUCUUCUGGUUCGCCAUGCUUGUAAAUGAAUACAGACUAGAGAUUCAAUUCAAGAAAGUUCGGAAGGUGCGAAAUAUCAAUAACAUUCCAAUGGUCGGGUCCCGACCAUUGGAAUGUAGGCCUGCGCAGAAUGUAUGCGCAGAACGGACUUUACAGUAUAGUCAUUUCAAAUCUUUCAAUUCAGACUGGACUAGAUAUCAAGUCCUCGCAAUUUGAUCCAGUGAUCAAAUUGCGCACUUGAUCAAAUUGCCCGGACUUGAAAUCUAGUCCAGUGCUCAUAGUUGGAUUUAAAAUAUUACAUGUCAUGACUCAAACGCUCAUGCAAAUUCGAGAAGUGUGUUGUAUUAUCAUUUAUCAUUUUUAGACGCCGCAAGUUGCUCGGAUUUAGAAGGUGUUCGGAAUGCCAGCGCUGCAGCUACUAUACUCUAUGUUCUUUUGUUGAUACUGUCUUUCGUGGGAUCUAUACUGGGUUGCGCUGGGGCCUGCUGUGGAAAUCGGGUAUGUUGA